CGAACCAUCAACUAAACCACCCCUGGCCUUUUCUGGUCAACGGUCAACGCUCAGCAUGCAAACCCCGACCUAAACCUCGCCAUGGAUUCGCCUACAAAAGCUUCGCGCGGCGCAGCCACCGAGCUGCACGACGGCGGCCGGCGGCGAGGAGAGAGAAACCAGCAGCAGUUGCGACGGCGAUGGGCUGCCACCACCACCACCACCAGCUGCGACGCCUCGCCGUGCUCGCCGCGGCGCUCUGCGUCGUCGUCGUCGCGACGGCGGCGAGGCCGCUGCAGGCGAGGAGACACGGCGAGGCGGUGGAGAUGGACGUGUCGGCGGCGGCGCCCUCCGGCGAUGGGGCGGUUCGAGAGGGGAAGUGGCUGCCGCUGCUGCCGGCGGGUGGGGGGCUGAUGCACUUCCCGGUGGUCGGCGGCGUGUCGAUGCCGUGGAUGGCCGGGGCGCCGCCGGCGAUGGCCGGGCCGGGGGUGCAGCUGGUGCCGCCGUACGUCGGCGCGACGCGGCAGGAGCAGCUAAGCCUGUGGGCGUCGCUGUUCAACCCGUUCCAGGUCAGGCCCAGGCUGCCCGCCGCCGCCGCAGAGACGACGUCGCCGGCGGUGCCCGUGGACAUCCCGGCCAUUGCCGGCGUGUCGCCAGAGAAGACGACGGUGGACGAGCCGGCCGCCGGCGAGCCCAAGUGGGGCGUCUUCUUCGGCAACAACAACUAGCCUAUGAUGAAUAUUAUGAUCCAUUAGCUUUUAAGUAUAGAAAUGAAUUAAUCGACCUUCUUUUUGGAUUAAAGUUUAGUGAGUAUAAUUCAAGUAAUACAUAUGUAAGUCUGCAUGUUUAGGUGUCAAACUUAUUACAAAAGAAAAUAUGGAGAGUUGUAAUAUUUGUAGUGAUGAAAACACAUGAAAAUUCUUCACUUAUAUCCUGUCCCACCGUUUAAAAUA